GCAUUGGUCAAGUGGAACGCAGAUGCUGCUCGGGUAGACAUUGGUUGGAUUGGCGAGAAGCUGGACUACAUGCAUGCGAUCAACACCGCCUACAUGCAAGAGAUCAAGGAUGUGGUCAGUGGUGCAUCCGGUGCGGAGGACCUCUUGCAAGGAACGCAGGCAGCUACGGAUUCCCU